AUGUCGCUGCAGUGCAUGCGUUAUGGCAAGAGAAAGGACACGAUUACACGGCAGACGAAGCCGUGCCGCUCGCUGCAUGUAAACGAUAGCACCAAAGACUGCGAGGAGUAUAAAGUAGAUACUCCCGUUGUACUCACUCAAGGCGUUUUUAAAACGCUGCAGACGGAGUUUCACUGGGCUCUACAAGACCUUGGGUCUCUUGCUUUCUAUCAGAGUAUAUCCCAGGCUGUGAGCGGUCUCGUAUGGGGAUAUUUAGCUGAUCGCAGCUCCCGUAUUCGCCUGCUGGCGAUGGGCUGUUGCUCCUGGGGGGUCGUGACGAUGCUGAUGGCCACGGGUACCCAAUAUUGGCAGUUCGCUUUCCUCAAAAUACUCAACGGAAUUGCCCUUGCAAGUGUAGGGCCCGUAGCACAAUCUCUGAUCGCGGACCUUUUCCCGGCAAGCAUGCGAGGUGAACAGUUCGGCUGGCUGCAGCUGUUCCUAUGCGGAGGCUGCAUUGCUGGAGCUCUGAUGGGCGGAUCCAUGGCCAAUUUGUAUAUUAUCGAAGGCGUUCGCGGAUGGCGUCUCGCUUUUUUCCUCAGCGGUGUCUUCUCAGUCUUUGCUGGUCUGCUCGUCCGCCUCCUUGCAGCUGAGCCUCCACGUCACUUGUUGUCCUCAAGAAUUGCAGCAGAUAAAGGCGUGACGGGGGCAAAACGUCGCGUGCUUUUUCAUAGCAUGUAUCAUCGCUGCAGAACCUUCUUACGUGCACUCGUGUCACACACAUUCCUUAUUUUGCUGCUGCAGGGUAUCUGCGGCUACAUCCCUAUGCAUGCAUUCCAGUUCUACACCAUGUUCUUCCAGUAUGUAGGCAUGCCUGACUGGCAGGCAAGCGUCCUUACUGCGUGUCCCCUGAUUGGCGGUAUGGCCGGUUCACUGUUUGGAGGAUGGUUGGGCGAUAGAGCAAAUGAAUGGAAUAGAUUUCAUGGCAGACCGCUUGUCGGGCAGGCCGCCACGCUCCUCGCGAUCCCGCUUAUCUAUGUUGGACUGCUUGUCAUUCCCCGGAGACCUGAAUUCUUUGGUCUCUACGCCGUGGAUAUGCUACUCUUAGGCUUCGCCAUAGCGUCGUGUCCCACAGGAACCAACAGACCGAUACUAUCGGAGAUCGUGGAGUCGGAGGCACGUGCCAGUGUUUUUGCUACGCAGAUCGUCGUGGAGGGCAGCGUUGCGUCUUUGCUCGGCUCCCCCGUCAUUACGUUCAUGGCGGAGUCUAUGUUUGGAUACAGCGGUACUGGAGGACCGGAGUUGAGGGCGAGAAAUCUUGAGGCGCUGGCUAACGCGCUUCUCGUCGCCACCGUCUUUCCGUGGACUAUCUGUUUCUUCAUGUACGGCCUUUUACACUUCACUUACGAAAAGGAUGUUCGGAAGUCCCUCGACGGCCGUUACAAUCAGCUGGAUUCCAGUGACGCAGCCACACGCGACGUCGGCAAGGCGUACGUGUUCAAAAGCGACCUGACCCACUUCCGCUGGACUCUGCAUGUGUUCCAGAAUACGGAGGUGCGCACGUCGAAGCGAACAAGCAGCCAAUUAUCGUCUCAGCGCAGCGGUGGUCGUGGCGGCGGUGACUUUGAAGUCUACAUCACAUUGCGGGCCGCUGUGACCUAUAUGCGGGCGCUAACAACCUGCAAUAAAGAGCAUUGUUACACGAAAUCCAAGCAGAGAGUGCGCAAGCCUUACCAGCAGCCAGAUUUCAUCAUCGGCCGCAAACUGGGCGAUAUUCGGUUGAAACCGGCCUCGGUAUGCUCAAGGAGCAGAGUUCACAGCAAGUUCGCAUCCGGUGUGGAGCGAUCGAUUGCACCGAAUGAGAGCUGCCGAGGCAACUCUCGAAGAGGCAUACAUCGCGACAAAAUCAUCCAGAACACUGUAGGCGUUGGCCUUGUGCGUUGCAACGGAUCUGAUGUGCGUACCACCAUGGAAGCGGCCACUUGUAUUCGAAACGCGCCGCGACGCUGUGGAUGCGCACGCCUGAAGCGGGACUGCCGCUCAAGGAGAAAGAACUGCAUCUUCAAAAGGUUGGCUAUCCGACGCACGGACGAUGGUGCAGAGUCGUGUCGCUCCCUCCUGUUCGGUGACACAGAGAGCUACGAGCACGGCGGGAGCCCCCAGGCUCUUCUCUUC